AUGGAAAUCCUAAACCUGGACGCUAUGAGUACAGUACAAUGGGGAGACUUUCACGAACGUCUUGACAGUUAUUGCCUAUUGGUGCUUUCGCAGAAAAAAAUUCAUGCAGAUUUUAUUUCUGGAAGGCUGCUAACUCCUUUGGAGCUUUCGGAACCACAGGCGAUACCGAUACUCGAAAAUGAGAAGUUGCUGCCUUCUUGGCUCAAACUUCUCAUGCGACAACAGGAGGAUGAGCUUCUGCUCCUGAUGGUCCAUAUGCAUAGGGAUAUUGCUACAAGCAAGAACAAGGCAAUCCACCGAAUUAUUGUGUUGCAAACCAACAGUGGCCAUGCGCUCCCGCAAUUACAAUAUGGUCCAGCAGGAAAGGCCAUAGGGUCUAAUCUACUAAAUAACCUAGACGCAGUUGCAAAUGACCCAACCAUUUCAUUCAAAACUGCAUUAUGGUUUUCGAGGGCACCACAAACGCCAAAGCCCUCGUGCCACGAUGCAAUCAGUGGGAGAUGGAGACCCUUGCCUGCAGACUCGACUGCCGGUCGAGUACCUGGCUACGGUGUUGUUACCAACAUCAUCAAUGGAGGAAUUGAAUGUGGUAAAGGUUCGAACCCAAAAGUCGAAGAUAGGAUUGGCUUCUACAAGAGAUACUGUGACUUACUUGGAGUUGGCUAUGGCCCUAAUUUGGACUGCUACAACCAAAGACCCUUUGCUUAA